UCAUGACGGACCGGUUCACUGUUCUGACGUCAGUAAGGACUCGAUAUGCCGAAACUGUCAGAUUCUACGAUCAGUGCCGUCUGAUAUUCGAGGGGAACCUAUAGCCUACAAUAAACAGCUGCUUGGGAUUUAAAAAUAAACCGUUUCUGGCGAUUAUAUAAUCCUCCGUCAAUGGAAAAGACACAGGAAGGGACAGGCCCACUCUGAGGAGGGUACAGCUUGCCAGCAUGAUCUUCCAUUGUUACCUCUUCAUACCUUCUUGCUGGUCACACCUGAGGAGUUCUAGGUCUUCAUCUUCCUCACCCUCCACACCAUCCUGAGACCUCUUCCACCCAGAAAUUGUGCAGCUCUACAGCCAUGGCCCCUAUCCCCCCCGGAAUCCGCUUUCUUUCCUCCUUCAACAAGGACCAGUGGUACAGAGCCUUCACCUUCGGCCUCACCUUCCUGCUCUAUACCAGCUUCCAUCUGUCCAGAAAACCCAUCAGCAUCGUCAAGAGUGAGCUACACAAGAACUGUUCCCAGAUCAGUGAGCUCGCUGUGCCGCAUAGCAGCCAGCAGCCCUCUCUCCACAAUGAUGGAGACUGCAGCUGGAAACCCUUCGACAAGAGCAACUACAAACAACUGCUGGGAGCAAUGGACUACUCCUUCCUGUGUGCCUAUGCAAUUGGCAUGUAUCUGAGUGGAAUAAUCGGUGAGCGCCUACCCAUUCGCCUUUACCUGACGGUUGGCAUGGUGACCAGCGGGCUUUUCACCUGUCUGUUUGGCCUGGGCUACAUCUACAAUAUCCACAGUCUGGGCUUCUAUAUCUUUGUCCAGGUGGCCAAUGGCUUGGUUCAGACCACAGGAUGGCCCAGCGUGGUCACCUGCAUCGGAAACUGGUUUGGGAAGGGAAGGAGAGGGCUCAUCAUGGGGCUGUGGAACUCCCACACCUCAGUGGGCAACAUUUUGGGCUCCCUGAUCGCCGGCUACUGGGUCUCCUCCAACUGGGGUCUGUCAUUCAUCGUCCCCGGCGUCAUCAUUGCAGGCAUGGGCGUGGUCUGCUUCCUCUUCCUGAUUGAGCAUCCCAAUGACUUGAAAUCUGUCUCCUCGCAGAGCGCAGUUAACGGUAACACAAAGCUGACAAAGAGCUGGAAUGGGGUGAAUGGCCACAAAGGGACAUAUUUGCAGUACAAGAAGGGGAGUAAAUCACAGAGCUGGGACACGGAGCUCUUGCUGCCCGACGGCGUGGGCGUGUGCGUGCCCAUGCAGCAGGUGGUCGUGGUGAAGAACGAGGGCGAGCCUUCCGCCAUCAGCUUCCUCGGAGCGCUGCGGAUCCCGGGUGUGGUGGAGUUUUCACUCUGCCUCCUGUUUGCCAAGCUGGUUAGCUACACGUUUCUCUUCUGGCUGCCCCUGUACAUCACUAAAGCAGCACACCUGGAUGCCAAGAGGGCAGGGGAUCUCUCCACUCUGUUUGAUGUGGGAGGCAUUGUUGGUGGGGUGCUAGCUGGGGUGAUCUCUGAUAAACUGAGCAAGAGAGCGACCACCUGUGCUGUGAUGCUGCUCCUGGCUGCACCCACGCUCUACGUGUUCUCCAUGAUCAGUGAACUCGGACUGGGGCCCACUAUCGCCAUGCUGCUGGUGUGCGGUGCCCUGGUGAAUGGACCUUAUGCCCUCAUCACCACUGCUGUGUCUGCAGAUCUGGGAACACACAAGAGCCUGAAAGGGAAUGCCAGGGCCCUGUCGACUGUAACGGCCAUCAUUGAUGGCACCGGAUCAGUAGGAGCGGCAGUGGGACCCCUGCUGGCAGGACUGCUGUCGGUGCGAGGCUGGAACCACGUCUUCUACAUGCUGAUGGCAGCCGAUGCCUUCGCUUUGCUGUUACUGCUCCGACUGGUGAUGAAAGAACUUGGCUCUCGCAAGCCCCGUCCUGGAGCAGCCGUCCCGAUGAAGGAACACUGAGCACUUUGAGUCCAGAGAGAGACCGCAAGCAAGCAGGAGAGUGUAUCAAUCACAGAGGACUGGGGACUUGAGCCCCGCGACUCCUCUGUGACUCCCACUGUCAAACUGCCCACUGCCCUGACCUCUGACCUCUGAACCUGUGACAGCUGGCGGCUCCGGCACAAGCAAGGAGGAGACGCUCCACAUGCCACUGUCCUUCCCUUCCCUUCCCUGCACAUAUUUUUACAUGCCUCUUUUCUAUUGUAUAGAUUGUAGGUUUUUGUGACCUUCAUAUGCUUUUUGUAUUGGCCAAAGAUCUUGUAAACUAUUACAUAAAUUAUAGGAAAAAAUUUCUAUAAGUACGUAUAUUUUUUAUUUCUGACGUUAAACCGUUUAUUCUCCGUUUCAUUUUCUUCGUGUUUUGUGUGAAAUUUAUUUUGAAUUUGAUCAUUGAAGUAUUGUGAGAAUAUUUAUUUAUCUGUCCAUCUUUAUAUUUAAUCUGAAUGCAAUCAUGCCAAACAACAAUUUUUGUGUGAAAUAGUUCUCAGGUUGGUGUGAGGUAGAGAUUACUAUCUGUAAAGUUAAACCUUUUUUUAAAUCACAAACUGGAAGAGCUUAUCAGUUUCAGGCAUUCCUGAAACACAGGAAACGGCACACAGGAAUUUUUUUUUUUUUGCAAAAAUCAGUGUGUGAGAGAUUUCUUUGAUAUGAAAACAUUAGAAAGAGAUUUCUCUGUAAGAAGCAGUCUAAGAAAUACAUCUCUUUAUGAAGCAGUGUGAGAAAGAUCUCUCUACAAUGCAGUAAGAGAGACUUCUCUGUACAUAGUCGUCAGUCUUUAUUUUCCAGUGCGUCUAAAAUCAGCCUUGCCAAAUUGUCCAACAAUGUGCUUUGUGCAAUAGAAAAAUAUUUAGAAAGUUCUGAAUAUAAAGACACAUAGGCCUUGUACAUUUUCUGAACAUGAAUAAUGCAGUUGAUGUUGAGUGAUUGUUCAUUUCAGAGGCGUAAUAUUGUAUGUGAAGUUGUUCUAUUUAUUGUUGUAACAGACGGUUGUGCCCUGUGCCUGAAGUGCGUUAGGAGAGUUUUGAUAAGAGCAUUUAUUUUUGAAUGUUAUUGUUAUUCUUAUAAAUGUUACUAUAAACUGUUACUGUACAAUAGGGACCAAAGCUGAAGGCCUUCUCUAAUGAAAAGUAAUAUGUCCAAUUUCAUAAUGUAAAUCUUAGCAUACAGUGUAGAGUUUACUGUCAUUUUCACCAUAGUGCUGAAAUGUCCAUAUACGUAUUUCCAUAAAUUGCCUAUUAUAUGUGACACGUUAAAAGAAUGUGGAGACCAUUCAUUUUUAUAUUUAUAUUUAUAAUGUCAACAUAUUUUUGUUUUUGGUAAACCUCAAUUUAGUUAUAGUUUUCCAUUUUUUAGGUUUACCAGAGACAGAAUGCUCAUACAGUAAAUUGAUAUCCAUUCUGUUUCAUAAUCUAUACUUAAACCUUAGGGUACUGAGGUGGUCUUUUUCUUCUGUGGUGUAAGGUGAUUUUUUAAAUCUGGUGUUAUGAGUCCUAUCUGCCUCCUGUUGGUUCUCCCUGGGGUCUGCAGGCAUUGUUCGAUUUGCUUAUAAUUAAUAAAGAAAUUUAUGAACAUAAA